GGGUGUCUAGACGCACACGUGACCGUGCGCGUCAAUGCGCACUGGAGACUGGAGGAAGGGCACCCAAACCAUCCGCCUCAUUUACAGGCACACACACAGAGAGAGCCCUUUACAACCCCCCUCCACCAACACCAGCAGCAGCCCUGCAGAGGGACUCUCUGUCGGCUCCAUUUCUGCUACACACUCGGCCCACGGAAACUUCGUGCGAGGGGAAAAAAAAAACAAAAAAAAAACGAGGCUGGAUUAUAUUUGACCCGACAGGGAUUCGGUUUGCUAAAAUAGGUUCUCAGACUCGCUGCGUAGACGCGAACUGAGGUGGUCUCUCUCUCCCGCUCUCUCUCUCAUUCGCUCUCUCGCUUCCUGCGUGGCUUUCCAACUCUACUCGGUUGUGAGAGAGAGCUUCAGACGUGGAUUUGUUCCCUGGCUCCUCUCCGGACAGCAGACACCAUCGGCGGAGAGCGCCGCUGAGAGCGCCCGGAUCAGGGAUUUUGUGGAUUAAUGCUCCCGAAGAUGCAGCGGACAGCUUGGGUUUUCAUGGGAUAAUUAGGCCCCCGUUUCCCUGGUCCACAGCAGCAUCCAGUGUACGCUGAUAGAAAUUUCUGACAGUGAAAAUCUGCAAGGAGAGUGUUUUUCUCUUUUUUUUUCUUUUCUUUUUUUUUUUUUUUUUUUUAAGGGACCAGUUCUGCAGAUCGGGGCUCCUCACAGCUUGGUUGCAAAGGUUUCUAAGCUGCUAGACAGUGGAGGUGAUGGUGAUUUAUUCCUGGGGGACAAGCUGACUGUCCCGUGAAACCCUCUUGACUGUUUUUCCGCUGAUCUAAGUCUGCAGGAGAAGGCGACGGAGACUGGCGCAUGCUACAGACUUCCUCCGCUCAUCCAGCUCCCAGCUUUUCCACCGUAUCCUCUCAGGCUGCUUGUCACUGCCUGGACUCGGAUCCCGGAAUCUUCAUGAUUUGCGGACACCAUGCUCGUUUGUUAGCCGGGAAACCCUCUUCUCGUCCCGCAUGUUUAGGACCAAACGAUCGGGGCUCGUCCGGCGACUCUGGAGGAGCCGUGCGCCCGUGGAGGGCGACGGGGAGGCGGACAGAGGGACGCAUGGCUCCUCGGGGGGCUGCUGCAUGGGCAAAGCGGCGAAGGUGGCCAAGUCCAACGACGCCGGGUCGGAGGCCGAACUAAAGGCGCUGACCCACUCGGUGCUGAAGAAGAUCAAGGAGAAACAGUUGGAGGUGCUCUUGCAGGCGGUGGAGUCCAAGGGGGGCGCCCGGAGCCCCUGCUUGCUCCUGCCCAGCAAAGUGGACGCCAAAGUGGGUCAGCAGUCUUACUCUCUCCCCAUGCUGCUCUACAAAGUGUUCAGGUGGCCGGACCUCAGGCAUUCCUCGGAGCUGAAGAGGCUGUCUUGCUGUGAAUCCUACGGGAAAAUCAACCCGGACCUAGUUUGCUGCAACCCGCACCACAUGAGCAGACUGUGUGAACUUGAGUCUCCUCCUCCUCCAUAUUCCCGCUAUCCCAUGGAUUAUCUUAAACCACCAGAUUCUCCAGACUCCGGGCCUUCAUCCAGUGAGACUGGGGGAACUACGUACUCGGCCCCUGUGGGGCUUUCAGAUUCCCUGGCAUUGCAGGAGUCAGGAGAACCGGCCCACUGGUGCGUGGUGGCGUACUGGGAGGAGAAGACACGCGUCGGACGCCUCUACUCGGUCCAGGAGUCCUCUCUGGACAUCUUCUACGAUCUACCUCAAGGGAACGGUUUCUGCCUGGGACAGCUUUGCUCGGACAACAAGUCCCAACUGGUUCAGAUGGUGCGGGCCAAGAUCGGCUACGGCAUCCAACUGACGCGAGAGCCAGACGGGGUGUGGGUGUACAACCGCAGCUGCUACCCCAUCUUCAUCAAGUCGGCCACACUGGACAACCCGGACUCGCGCACGCUGCUCGUGCACAAGGUGUUCCCCGGAUUCUCCAUCAAAGCUUUUGACUAUGACAAGGCGUGCAGCCUGCAGAGGCCGAACGACCACGAAUUCACGCAGCAGCCUCGCACGGGCUUCACGGUGCAGAUAAGCUUUGUGAAGGGUUGGGGACAGUGCUACACCAGACAGUUCAUCAGCAGCUGCCCGUGUUGGUUGGAAGUCAUCUUUAACACGCGAUAGCAGCAGCAGGAGCCUUCCUCCUCUUCAUGCUGACCUCUUCAACACCCACUCACAAAAAAAAAAAGACUUUUUCCUUUUUUUUUUUUUUCGUUUUUGUUCCGGAGGUUCAAAGGCAGAAGAAGAAAAAAAGGAUUUUAAAAGUGAGGAAAAAGUAUAAAUUCUGAUGGACUUGUUUAAUAAAUGACUGAGAUUUAAUUAAAAAGAAGCGAAAAAAUGUAUUUUAUGUUAUAUAUAAAUAUAUUAUUAAUUGUAAAUAUGAAGACGUUUUAUAUGCAUCAUUAUUUAUGUAUUGUGCAAUGUGUUGAUGAGAAGAAAAGAAGAUGCACUUUGCUUAAUAUAAAUACAAAACGGAAGAAAUGCCAAAAUAAUAAAAAAAAAAAUACAAAUAA